AUGCAGCCAGAUCAAGAGCAGGGCAGCUGCCCCGCUGCAGAUGUUGCCCCGCUCCAGUUCUCGGCCCUGACCACCAGGCUGGGGCUGCUGGGAGAUGUGGUUCAGCCGCCUCCGGAGAGCUGCGGCUUCGCCCACCGCCGCGCCCGGCAGAUCUCGCCUACCGCCUCUCCCCGGGGCGUCCGCAAAGGCGUCCACUCGCCCCGCGCCCGUCCCUGCCAAGGGCAUCUGCCCCCCGUUUACCCGGACUUCCAGCCGCCGCAGCUCGAGCGGGGUGGGGUGGGGGCCCUCUGCAUCUGCAGGCCCGGCUGCACGCUCCCCACCGGAGAGGAAGAGGAAACGCGACGGCCCUUCCCCAAAGUGGCAGGCGCGCGCCCUCGUCCAAUGGUUUCUCUCCUCCCUUCUGGGAAGUGGAUCUCGGUCAGCUUAACCCUUAAGCCUCGGUGCCUCCGCCGGGAGGAAAGAGUGGCAGGCAGAAAUCUCACCGGGGAGGUGGUCGCCCCCAGGCGUCGCUUGUCCCCAAGCCGCAGAAUGAAUCAGCCUUGCGGCAGAGGGAGUUACGGCAGAAGUGGAUGUCGCUCCUCCGCCUACCAGCGCCUGCAUUUUCCAGGGAAAGGGGAAAGGCGGGCGUGGGCUUCGUGGCGUGAAAUCAAGGAGGGGCUUAGAGGCGUCCUCGGGUCUCUCUGCCGUCACAGGCAGCCGGUUCGGGGCUUGCUUCGGGCUCCGCCGGGCGCCCGCGAGCCCGUCGCGGUGGCGCCUCCGCGCGAAGGGGAGCCGCGGGGCGGCAGGGCUGAGGGGGCGCGGUUGCAGCGCCCGGAUCCCCGCCCGUCCUCCCACCUGCCGGGGCUGGGGAGCGGGAGGGCGGGGAAGGGGACCCUUGCGGGGAGCGGGCGCCGCCUCGCCUCCCCUCGCCCCGGAGGGAGGCUGGCCUUUCGGACCCCUUCGCGCGCGCCCCCCCGUGCACACGCGCCCCUCCCCCGCGCCCUGCCCGGCGCCCCCCGAUCCCCGGCCCGAGGGGCUGGCAGCGGCGGGGCUGACCUGCCCGAAGCGGAGGCGCGCCCGAUGGCGAGCGGCCCGGGGCUCCGGCCGGGGGGCGGCGGGCAGGAGGGGGGCGGCGCUGCCCCCUGGCUGGGUAGUGUAAUGAUGUUGGGAAUAAGCCCCCGGCUCCCGGUUCUUCAUGGACGGGAAGCAGCUGAUGCGCAGCUCAUACAAGGUUGUGUGACCUUGGAGGAGGUGGCUGUGCGUUUCUCCGAGGAGGAGUGGGCGCUGCUGGAUCCUGGCCAGAAAGCUCUGCACAGGGAGGUCAUGGAGCAGAUUGGUGGGUUCGUGGCCUCUCUCGAGGAUGAUGAAAGGAAGGCCAAAAAUGACCAUCUCUUGAUACACGAAAGAACCAUUAUCAGAAGGAAACACUGGAUUUCUGGAAAGCGCUCCAAGCAGAGGGCAAAGUCGAAUGGAGAUCAGGUGUCACACGCAGGAGACAGACCCCAUAAAUGUUUGGAGUGUGGAAAGUGCUUCACCAGGAAGAAAAACUUAGCAAUUCAUAAAAAAACCCACGUAAGGGAGAAACCCUAUAAAUGCUCAGAGUGUGGGAAAUCGUUCAGCUCCAGCUCUGACAUUGCUAGGCACCAAAGGACUCACACGGGGGAGAGACCGUAUACGUGCCUGGAGUGCGGAAAACGCUUCCUUUACAGUUCGGACCUGAUUAGACACGGAAGGAAACACACGGGAGAGAAACCCUACGAGUGUUUGGAGUGUGGAAAGUGCUUCCUUCGUAACACAAAGCUGAGUAUCCAUCGAAGGACCCACACAGGGGAGAGGCCUUACAAAUGCCUGGAGUGCGGCAAGUGUUUCACCGAGAGUGCUCAGUUAAGCAGGCAUCAGAUAACUCACACCGGGGAGAGACCCUAUAAAUGCCUGGAGUGUGAAAAGUGCUUCAACCGGAAGGAGAACCUGGCUCUGCAUCAGCGCACACACACGGGGGAGAAACCCUACAAAUGCUCAGAAUGCGGGAAAAGCUUCAGCUGGAAUUCGCAGCUAAGCAGGCAUCAAAUAUCCCACACAGGAGAGAGGCCGUACACGUGCCUGGAAUGUGGGAAAUCCUUUGUCUGCAGCUCUGAGCUCCUAAUCCAUGAAAGAAAUCACACAGGAGAGAAACCUUACAAAUGCUUGGAGUGUGGAAAGUGCUUUGUCUGUAAUACGCAGCUCAGCAUCCAUCAGAGGACUCACACCGGGGAGAGACCCUAUAAAUGCCUGGAGUGUGAAAAAUGCUUCAACCGGAAAGAAAAUCUGGCGAUACAUCAACGCACUCACACAGGGGAGAAACCCUACAAAUGCUCAGAAUGCGGGAAGUGCUUCAGCUGGAAUUCACAACUAUGUCGACAUCAACGAACUCACACUGGUGAGAGGCCGUAUGCGUGUCCGGAGUGUGGGAAACGCUUCCUUUGCAGUUCUGACCUGAUUAGACACGGGAGAAACCACACCGGAGAGAAACCUUACAAAUGCUUGGAGUGUGGAAAGUGUUACAUUUGUAAUACCCAGCUGAGCAUACACCUAAGAACCCACACGGGGGAGAAGCCCUACAAAUGCUUGGUGUGCGGAAAGAGCUUCAGCGAGAACAGCUCCCUCACUUCCCAUUACAGAAUCCAUACUGGAGAGAAACCCUAUAAAUGCUUGGGGUGUGGAAAAUGCUUUGCUCGCGGUUCUGACCUUAUUAAACACGAAAAAAUUCACGCAGGGAAGAAAUUGUAUAGAUCCAUGGAACGUGGAAGGGGCUUUAACCAGGAGACAAAUGUUAAUUCUCAUGUAAGAACUCAGGCUGGGGAGAAGCCGGACAGAGCAUAGGAGUGUCAAAAAGGUUCUCUUCUCAGCUAGCAGUUUUAAAGUUUAAUGAAAUAUGCGAACAAAGUGUUUUUGAGUUGAAAAUCAUUUAAUGAAGGUUUCUGGCACAGCACAGAACAGAGGAGAUAAUGUAGUGUAAUACAGAGAAGGUUUCCCUCUUAGGGAGUUGUUUUAAAGCUUAUUAGAAUUCAAGAAGUAGUUCCCCUCCCCCCAUUGUAGAGGGAGAAACAAGACACUUCCCAUCACUCUACUUAGCCCCCUUUAUUGUUAACUAAUAUACUCAAGGUAGACGUACAUUUGUUGUACCCCAUUUAAUUCAUGGCUUGUAGUAACAAGAAUGAUUAGGUGAAUAUCUCUGAAGCUUGCUUUCUCUUUCCUUGACCAAAAUUUCAAUAAAACAUAGAAGAUGGCA